CUUGCAAAACUUGAUGUUUAGAACCUAAAUAACUCUACCCGAACAUACAUAGUUCGUCUCUGAUGUGGUUGAAACUAUAAUUUUAAAUUAUGGGUAUAAGAUUGUGUAGCAUUAUUCUUAUCAGCACAGUAUUAACCAUAAAUGCGAAUGAUUCUGCACAAAGCUGGUGGCAGGGAAUUCCCAACGCUUUAAUGGAUCUGCUUACCAUCAAAAUGAACAUUUUUACAGCAUUUCCGCUUGAAGUAGCCAUAAAUGUUAUUGAUACCGUGUGCUCAUCCACGAUGUAUAUUGGAAGCGUUCCACCGCAAAUAACGCCAGAUAUAACGAAGAUGAACUUUCAGUACAUGACGCCAUGUCUGAACUAUACUGUACCAUUGUUGAAAGCCGAAAAGCUAUGGAAUCAUCCAAGAUUCCGAAAAAAUCGCAAGUUGGUUAUUCUAGCAACUGGGUGGACAAACACCGUUAACGAUUCAGAAACUAUAGCGAUGAUAUCGAAGGCUUUUAUGUGCCGACCUGGUGUUAACUUUGUGAUUGUGGAUGCAGCCUAUUAUGUGGACACCUUGUACAAGUGGUCGGCUUUCAAUACGGAUUUGAUUGGUGAGCACCUGGCUGUUGGGUUACAGCACUUGGUCGAGGUGAUGCCGUUCAUUGAAAUUCACUUGAUCGGUCAUUCUUUGGGUGCACAUAUUAUGGGCAAAGCUGGUCGCUCUUUCGAGCGACUCACAGGACAUUUGGUGGCACGUAUAACGGGUCUGGAUCCUGCCAAGCCCUGUUUCCGCUAUGAAAAAGCGCUGCCCGGCCUGAUGCGUGGCGAUGCCAAAUUGGUGGACAUUAUACAUUCAAAUAUUGGCAUACUGGCCAAACGUGAUCCAAUGGGUGACAUUGACUUUUAUCCAGGUGGAGUGCAUCCCAUAAAGCCCGGUUGCCUGUCCAUUGGUUGCUCACACACACGUGCCGUUGAAUAUUUUGCGGAGAGUGUUUACCCAAGACAGGAAAGCAGCUACUUGGGCUGGAAAUGCCAUUCAUGGAAGGAGCUCGAAUGGCGAAAAUGCGACACUCUCACAACUUCCACAAUGGGUUACGUGAUUAAUUGGAAGGCCAAGGGUAUCUAUUAUGUUGAUGUGAAUGGCAAGAGUCCGUUUGGAAAAAACCCCAAUUCACCCAAACGAGGCCGCCUUGACUGUGUCAAGCAUAGGUGUAAAUACAAGAAUUGAGUAACUCCAAUCAGGAAACCGGUUCGGUUUCUAU